AUGGAGUAUAUCUCAAAUAAUGAAAGUUCAAAUGAAAUAUUACAAGAAAGCAUUGCGGGAGAAAUAGAAUUAUCUGAUUCAUCCUUUUGCAAUGCCAGCAAAAAUGACGACUUUAAAGAAGCAGAGUAUGUAAAAGAAGAGAAUGGAGAAAAUUAUAUCUUGGAUGAAGAAAAACAAAAAGAGAAGGAGCAGGAUGAAAACGAAGAUGAAGAAGAGGGAGAAGAGGAAGAAGAAGAGGAAGAAGAAGAAGAGGAGGAAGAAGAUGAAGAUGAUGAUGAUGAUGACGACGAUGACGACGAUGACGAUGAUGAUGAUGACGAUGAUGAUGAUGACGACGACGAUGAUGAUGAUGAGUAUGAUGAAGAUGAUUUCAAUGAAGCUACGGUUUCUUGGAUUGAGUGGUUUUGUCAGUUGAAACAAAACGUAUUCCUUGUUGAAGUAGAUGAAGAUUUUAUAAGAGAUGAAUUUAAUUUAAUCGGAUUACAAAAUAAAGUUCCUCACUUUAAAAAAUUAUUAAAAAUUAUACUAGACGAAGAUGAUGAUGAAGAUGAUGAUGACGAUGAAGAUGAUGAUUAUGAUGAGGAUGAUGAUGAAAUAAAUCGUGGUUCAGAAGAACUAUAUAAAAAUAAAGAUAUAUAUGAGCAGAAUGCCGCUUGUUUAUAUGGAUUAAUACACAGUCGUUUUAUUUUAACUUCAAAAGGUUUAGCAUUAAUGAGAGAAAAAUAUAAUGCUGGUAUUUAUGGCACUUGCCCAAGUAUUUAUUGUGAUAAUACAAAGCUAUUACCAACAGCUAUUUCCGAAGUUCCUAAAUUUUUAAGUCCCCUUUUAUACUGCCCUAGAUGUUGUGAAACGUAUUAUCCACAUAAAAAUUCCUUACUUAAUCAGUUAGAUGGAUCUUAUUUUGGAACUAGUUUUGCAUCUUUUUUUGCUCUUUCAUUUAAUAUUACUUCAGAUAAAAAAAAAAUUUAUUACACACCGCAAAUUUGCGGAUUUACAAUAAAUAGAGACAUGAGGGAAACAUUAUAUAUGGAUGUUAAUAAAGACAACAGCGAGUCAUCAGAAGAAUAUUCAUAA